GAUCAACAUAUAAAUUAAAAAAAACUAGGUCAAAAAGUCUCACAUGUGAAUUAUUUUAUUCGCCCGACACACUUUGCCCUACACAGCAGUGACAAGGCAACAAAAACAAAUACGAUGAAUCCCUUCUUCACAACAGACAUCACCACCGACAUCUUCGCGAGACUCCCGGCCAAAUCAGCCGCCAAAUGUCGCACUCUCUCGAAGCAAUGGUCCUCCAUCCUCAGCACUCCAGAUUUCGCCGAACGCUUCCUCACUCACUCCUCAACUCGCCCGCGUCUCUUGUUCGCCGUCGAGCGUGACGGUCACUGGACCUUCUUCAUCUCCCCUCAGCCUCAGCCCUCUCAUUCUCCGGUAGUAACAGCUGAGUUUCACACCAAGUUCGCCGGAGACGUGAGCCAAUACCUCUGCAGCUACGCUUCCGGUUUGAUCCUCUUCCCCGACAUGUGGGUGCCGGGUAAAAGCGACGACACCAACCCUGUGGUCUGCAACCCCGUCACCGGAAAGUACGCGACUUUACCUUACCUGACCAUCUACAGAAAGUCGCGAGCUUUUCUAGGGUUUGACCCUGUCGGAAAACAGUUCAAGGUUAUGUCGGAAGAAUAUCCGUUUUGUAGUCAAAGGAAUCACCAUCAGGUUCUGUCUUUAGGAGAAGGAGGUGAAGAGUUGAGUUGGAGGGUGAAGGAUGGUCCACAAUACUCCCAUUGUUUGUCUGAAGCGAUUCAGAUCGACGGGGUUUUGUAUUACUUAGCUGAUAACUUUGAUGAUUCGACACGUGUGGUUGUUCGCUUUGAUGUUCGGUCUGAGGAGUUUGAGUUCAUCGAAGCUGAUUGCUUUGCUGGCCAAGAGGCUGUUAACUUGAUUAACUACAAGGGGAAAUUAGCUGGUGUUAACUGGAAGUACGUUAAAGGUGAUGAUGAUGAUGAGAAGAUUGUUCUUGAGUUGUCUUUGUGGGUUCUUGAAGAUGUUGUCGAGAUGAAAGAGUGGGUGAAGUCUGUUUACGUUUUGUCUGAGGAGAAGAUUGUUCGUCGUUGCAAUUUCUCUGUUGCCGGGAUGACUGAGGGAGGUGAGAUUGUUUUGGCUAUGGACUACACUGCGAAGGUUUACCACGUCUUCUUCUUUGAUCUGGAGAAGAACGCUCUCAGAAGCGUUCAAGUGCAAGGGUUUGGAGAUAAGCUGGAAGCGAUUGGGACUCGUGGGAGGGUUCGUGUCUUUGUUGACUAUGUUGAGGAUCUCAGUGUUUACGAUGAAAAGCAGCUCAAGUCAAGCAUCUUGAAAGAGAGAGGUGAAUCCAAGCCAAGCAGCUCUGCUCAAGUCAAGGUUGAACUCGUGGAAGGGGUCAGCGAGUGAUGAAAGCUUCUUAUGAGAGAGAGAGUUUGGUUUGUGAUUUUAAUCCAAGCCUAUAGAAUUAGAAUUUCUAAUGUGAUCUACCGUUUAGCUAGGCCAUCUCUACUGGAAAUAAUAUUAACAGACUAUGUCUUUUAUGAUCAAAAUUGAGAUGUUUGAGACUUUCUCAUA